AUGUCAGACACUGAAGUCAAUCAAGAAGCCAAGCCAGACGUCAAGCCAGACGUCAAGCCGGAGACUCACAUUAACCUGAAGGUGUCUGAUGGCUCUUCAGAGAUUUUCUUCAAGAUCAAGAAAACCACUCCCUUGAGGAGACUGAUGGAGGCUUUCGCCAAGAGACAAGGUAAGGAAAUGGACUCGUUAAGGUUCCUUUACGACGGUAUCAGAAUCCAAGCCGACCAGACCCCUGAAGAUCUGGACAUGGAGGACAACGAUAUCAUCGAGGCUCACAGAGAACAGAUCGGCGGUGCUAUCUAUUAG